AAUCAACAGAGUUUAAUCAUUUUUUUCUUUUAUUUUUUUUCCGUCGUAAAGAACGUGAUGCUUGUCUUGUGUAUAUGUACAUACAAGCUGCUCCUGUGAGGAGCGCCAUAUUUCUGGAGCUGGCUAACGUGCGCCACCCUGGGCCUUUUCAAUGACUACCAGCAAGCUUUCAACGUUGACUUGUCAGUUCACCCGUGGCUUAUUUUAGACUUAAUCACUUAAUCCUUAAUCCACCAACACGGAUCCCCGUAAAUCAACCGUUUUAUGAAAUGAGAGGUAGUUGAAGACUGUAACUUUCGAUUCUGGAGCUGGAGCUGGAGCUGGAGCUGGAUCAUCUUUAAUUCCUCUUCAUUCUUCACAACUCAGCAAGACCCAUCAAGGGUUUCUUUCAGGUUUUCAAGAUUAAGGAACUGAGCAGCACGAAUGGGUGACUACUCUCUUGAUAAUCCAGAAUCUGACAAAAGACAUGAAGGAAACUCAUCCUGAGGAGGGGCAUGUGGGAUAUAGAAAGUUUUCAUGGAAGUUUUAACCAAAGCAGACUUGGACUUGGCAUAUUCUUCUGAGAAAUUGGUACACUUGCAUGUCCUUUUAGUUCAUCUGUUGGCUUGGGAUACUGAUCUUGAGGUAAUGGCCAUGGAAAAUAGCUAUAUCUCAAGUGUUGAAAAGGCACUGGUGUUUGAUCUUCUAUCUGGUUUUUUGGAUUCUGAGCUAAGAGAGAUGGAGAAUUUCAUGGAUAGUAUCCAAGCAGAUAUUGUUCAUGCUCGUCAUAAAAUAUUUUCAUGCGGACACUUAACAGAACUAGUCCCAAUCAUGGAAGAGAAAUUGCACGAUUCUGAGGAAUCCUUGAACAAAUCUAAAGAGCGGCUUGCAGAGGUGAAGAUGCAGUCAAUCAAGUUGCAGAGGGCCUUUCCGACUUUCAGACCUGAGGACUGGAAAGAGAAUGAGUCCUUGGAGUUCUCAGCCAACAGUCAACUGCCAAAUAUUGAUGCAAAUUCAAAAUGGAGGACAGCUGAACAAAAAAAGCAUAUUCUGAGAACGUUGGAGAAGUCUCUUGCACGAGAACUUUAUCUCGAUAAGAAAUUGUCUGGACUAAGACAGAAUGAAGAACAGCUGAAAUUAAAGCUGCACUAUACAGAACAAGUAACUUUUCGCAUGGAGGAAGCUGCAGAAAUGGUUUGGGGAAGGUUUUUAGAGGCAGAAAAUGCCGCUGAGGUGCUUUUGGGGAUUUCAAAGGAAUUGGUUGGUCAACUUCAGAUUGUUCAAUUUAAUCUGAAUGGUUCACUCCAGCGAGAAGCUGAAUUAAAAUCUGAACUCCAAGAUUGCAGAAGACAGCUAGAUGCUAAAGGUACUGCUUUGACGGAGCUUGAGAGUAGCAUUGCGGAACAUGUAACCAAAAGCUCGGAAGUGCCCACUUUGAUGGAAAAACUAAAUUCACUUGAGGAACAACUGAAAAGAUCUGAAUUAUGUCUCAAGCAUGCAAAUGAAUUCAAUGAAGAUAUUCAAGAACAACUUAGUGAGAUGGAAAAUAUAGUUGACUCUCUGAAAGAAAGCGUCUAUGAAGCAGAAACUAGGGCUGAGACUGCAGAGGCCAAAGUUACUCAGUUAACAGAUACAAAUUUGGAACUCACAGAGGAAAUUAAUUUUCUUAAAAGUAGCGGAGAUAAUAAUAACAAAAAGGUGAGCUUGCUUGAGAAGCAGGUAAGGGAAUUGGAAAGCCAACUACAGCAUUCAAAGGUAUCAUCUGAAGUAAGUCAAGAGCAACAAAAUAUGUUAUAUUCUGCAAUAUGGGACAUGGAAACAUUGAUUGAAGAUUUAAAAUCAAAGGUAUCGAAUGCCGAAAGUAAGACUGAGAGUACAGAAGAGCAAUGUAUAAUAUUAUCUGAAACAAAUAUGGAACUUGGUAGAGAAAUAAGUUUCUUAAGGUCUAGAGUGAAAGGCUUAGAGGCUUCUUUGGAUCAAGCUAACAACUCAAAAGCAGCAAGUGCAAAAGAAAUUAAUCUGAGGACCAGGCUUAUCAUGGAUACAGUAAGGCAAUUAACCAGAGCAAGGGAGCACAUCCAGAAUCAGCUAUUUUCUUUGACAAGGGAGAACAAAAUAUUGGCGGAAAAGUUAAGAAAUGCCAAAAGCGAUGCUCCUAUAAUUGUGUGUAAAGAUGGAGCUGAUGAUAAAAAGGUGCUCUUUUCCAAAAGCAACUUAUCUAAUGAAACUUUUGGAAAAAGCUUCUGAGGAAGAAAAUCCCUUAUCUAAACGUUCCCAGGCAGGAGGAUAAAGAGUUUGAACUUCGAAGAUGCAAGUCCACAUGAGAUUGAAGAGGGGAGUUCUCAUCCCACACAUGAAAGUUGUGGCUUGGUUUCAGAGCUUAGAAUGGAGAGGACAAAGCAGGCAGUGCGACAAACUAACAGAAUACUUAAUUUUUAAAGCAAUUCUUGUUGCAGUAAUUGCAGUGGCUGCCAUAUAUUUGUUACCCAAGAAACCUCUCCAAUUUCAGAACUUCUGAUGGCUAGCUUUUAUGUUGUAGUUGUGUUUCAUUGUUGCACUUGCACGUAUAUAUUUGUCCCCAUUUUCUUUUCAUUGUCAUUCAUGUAUGAAUCCUUGCAAUGAGACAUUUUUGUGAUUAUCAAUUGAUAAUAUAGAUAUCAAUUUAAUUAA